AGGCAUACACUAAUAUAGAUGUCUAACUUACACUAGAGUCUAGACUAGAUUAAGCCUAAAUCACAUAGACAUCUAAAUGACAUAAAUCUGUGUGAUAUAGAUUCUAGAUUAGAUACCGAUUCAUAUUCGAAUCAGUCAAUUCAAACACAAGUAAUGGCACUUCAACCGAAGCAAGGACUCCAACUUGAAAAUGCACAAGAAGUUGGCUUUGUAACAUUCUUCUCACACUUACCAGAGAAAAUUGGGACGACUUUAAGAGUAUUUGACAGAUCAGAUUACUAUACUGUACAUGGAGAAGAUGCUGUGUUUGUGGCCAAAGAAGUUUUCAAAACACCUGGAGUAAUAAAAAUGAUUGGAGGUUCGAAGAAGCUUGAAUCUGUUUCAAUGAGCAAAAUGAACUUUGAAGCUUUUGUAAAGGAAUUGCUAUUAGUUCGUCAAUACAGGGUUGAAGUUUAUUCAAAUAAAGGCAGUUCAAAAUCAAAUGAAUGGUCACUUGCUUUUAAAGCUUCUCCCGGCAAUCUUUCCCAGUUUGAGGAUAUUUUGUUCAGCAACUCAGACAUGUCAAUAUCAGCAGGAGUUCUUGGUCUCAAAGUUGUCAGUGAUGAUGGACAAGUGGUUAUUGGCGUUGGGUUUGUUGAUCCUGUUUUAAGGACAUUUACAGUUAGUGAAUUUCCAGAUAACAACCAGUUUUCAAAUUUUGAGGCCCUUCUAGUCCAGCUAGGACCAAAAGAAUGCUUAAUACAAAGUGGUGAACUGCCAGGUGAUACUGCUAAACUGAAACAGGUCUUGAAUCGUAGUGGAGUUCUCCUUACAGAGAUUAAGAAAUCUGAAUUUAGCAAUAAAGACAUAGUACAGGACUUAAACAGACUAUUAAAGGCUAAGAAAGGAGAAAAAAUGAACAGUAUCACAUUAGAGGAAGUUGACAAAACCAUUGCCAUGUGUUCCCUUUCUGCUGUCAUUCGAUAUUUAGAGCUUUUAUCAAAUGAAGACAAUUUUGGACAAUUUCGUAUCUCAACAUUUGAUUUGAACCUCUACAUGAAAUUAGAUGCUGCUGCAGUGAAGGCCUUAAAUCUGCUUCCUAUUGCUAAUGAAACAAAUAAAAAUCAAAGUCUGCUGGGACUGCUAAAUAGAUGCAGAACAGCACCAGGUCAAAGGUUACUUAGUCAGUGGGUCAAGCAGCCAUUAAUGGACUUACAAAAGAUAGAGGAACGACUGAAUAUAGUGGAAGCCAUGUUAAGUGACAGUGACUUGCGACAAACACUUCAUGAAGAUCAAUUAAGAAAAGUCCCAGAUUUUCAAAGGCUUGCUAAAAAGUUUCAGAGAAAAAAGGCAUCACUUCAGGAUUGUUACAGGGUAUACCAAGCUCUGGAGAAGCUGCCGCAUCUGUUGGAAACACUAGAGAAAUAUGAUGGAGAUCAUAAAGUCUUGCUGACAGAGAUUUUCUCUAAUCCAAUAAAGGAGCUACUUAUGGACUUUAGCAAAUUUCAAGAAAUGGUGGAAACAACUGUGGACUUGGAACAAGUACAAAAUCAUGAGUUUGUAAUAAGGGCUGAUUUUGAUGACAAUUUAGCAGAAUUAAGAAAGAAAAUUGAUGAACUGGAGGAAAACAUUAAAGAUCAAUUGAAUAAGGUUGCCAGAGAUUUGAACCUUGAGCCAAAUAAAACUGUUAAACUUGAGAGUAGCAACCAGUUAGGAUAUUAUUUUAGAGUUACAAGAAAGGAAGAAAAGGCACUUAGAAAUAAUAAAAAAUACUACACCAUUGAUACCAAAAGUAAUGGAGUUAGGUUUCACAACAGCGCAACGAAACAGUACAACAAUGAAUAUCAAAGGACGAGAGAAGAAUACAAUGAGCAACAAAAAAGUGUUGUGGCUGAGGUGAUUAACAUUGCAGCUGGCUAUGUGGAACCAAUGUGCCUGUUGAGUGACAUCCUGGCACAGCUUGAUGUUCUUGUAUCUUUUGCUAUUGUUUCUGCAUCAGCCCCUAUUCCCUAUGUUAGACCGAAGCUGCAUCCCAAAGGCCAUGGUAUACUGAAGUUGCAUGAAGUUCGACACCCUUGUUUAGAAAUGCAAGAUGAAGUAUCCUACAUUCCCAAUGAUGCCAUAUUUGAUAAAGAAAAACAGAUGUUUCACAUUAUCACUGGUCCAAAUAUGGGAGGCAAAUCAACAUACAUUAGAUCUGUUGGUGUGUGCGCAGUGAUGGCUCAGCUUGGCUGUUAUGUCCCCUGUCAGCAAGCUGAAUUAUCUGUCCUUGAUUGUGUGCUGGCUCGUGUUGGAGCUGGAGAUAUUCAGCUAAAAGGCGUGUCCACUUUUAUGGCUGAAAUGUUAGAGACUGCAGCAAUAAUUAGGGCAGCAACUGAAGAUUCGCUGAUUAUCAUUGAUGAGCUUGGAAGAGGAACAUCCACUUAUGAUGGAUUUGGUUUAGCUUGGGCAAUCUCAGAACACAUAGCUACAAAGAUCAGAUGUUUUUGCUUAUUUGCCACACAUUUCCAUGAACUGACUGCCCUGGCGGAUGAAGUUCCCACAGUAAACAACCUUCAUGUCACUGCGCUAACUACCAAUGACACGCUGACUUUCCUGUACAGGGUCAAGCCUGGCAUCUGUGAUCAAAGUUUUGGUAUACAUGUUGCUGAACUUGCACAUUUUCCUAAAGAUGUUAUUGAAGAAGCCAAAAUAAAAGCUAGUGAGCUGGAGGAUUUCCAGAAUAUCAAUCUUGAAGGGACAGGGCUGGAAGGAGAUGAUGAACCAGCAGUUAAAAGAAGAAAAUUGGCUAAAGAGGAAGGUUUUCAGAUAAUGCAAGAUUUUUUAGCUAAAGUCAAAAGAAGUGCAGUUAAAGACAUGUCUCAGGAAGAAGCUAUGUCAGCCAUUAAUAAGUUAAAAGCAGAAGUGGAUCAACACAAUAAUCCAUACAUUAAAGAUCUCUUAGCCAGGAAACAAAAAAAAAAAAUCUCAAUAGGGAGGGAUGUGUUUGAUCUUGUUGAAGUUGCUAAUGUUUGUACUUAGAUUAAAAGGUUUGAAUUUAGGCCGAUUCUAGUCGGAAUAAGAUACGCAUGCGAUACGCAUGCGCAAUGGAGAGAAACUACGACUUGCCUUAGCGGCGAUGUUUUCGAUGGUACUGCGCAUGCGUGUGUUUACAACCGCAGAACCCUAA